AGUGACCUUCUCGGCGGACAACAAUGGUGAACACCAAUGGCAACGGCGGCAACCAUGACGUCCUGAUGCUUGAAGCUCCGCCGCCGGAAGGUCCGGCAUGGCCGGGACCUCUAACCAAUGCCGAAACCAUCGACGCCUUGCCCUACAUCGACGACGACUACGCCCACCCCGACGUCAAGCGCGAGGUCGACCGCAUGGUGGAGGAGGAGUUGCGGCGCAGCGCCAAGAAGCCGGCCGAUUUCCUCAAGGAGUUGCCGCCGCUUCCCAAGCCCAAUUUCAAGGAUCAUCCGAUGCUGGCUAGGGAGUACGAACGGGUGAGAGCGUCGAGGCCUCCGGUGGCGAUUGAUUUUUCGAGAGACAAAGUGGAGCCGCCGCCGGUGAAUAAAUUGAAUGAUGAAACUGCUUGGAAGCUUGCUCUCCAGAAAGCUCAGUACUCUCUGCAGCACCAAGCCGUCAGGUUGGAGAAUUUGGAGCUGAUUGACAAGUAUGGUCCUGAAGCCUGGAUUCAGAACAACAAUCGAUUGCAAUCAAUUUUGUCGAGAAUGCAGAAAUUAGCUCAGGAGCAAUAUCAAAAUAUUGAAACAGUGAAUCGUGAAAGAAAACAUCAUCAGCAAACCACUGCGUAUGAGCUCAAUGCUCUGUCUGCUCAAUGGAAGGAGCUUUGUCAGAAGAAUAUAGAAAUUCAAUCUGCAUGUGUUAAUCUUGAAAACCAUCUUGAAGGAUUGAGGAGGGAAGCAGCCAAAAGAGGAUGGAACCUGGAAUCCAAUGCAGAAAAUGGUUCUCUAUUGAAUGCUGAAUGAGAAGGAUUUGGAUGAAGAUCCGGCAGAAAUUGUUAUACCGGAAUAUUAGCGUCUAUUCAACAACUAUCGUAGCAUGGAGCUGGAUCGAUCUUUGUUGUACUUUCAAUGAGCGGCUUUUUUGUAAGCAUGGUUAAAAGCUUCUCCCAGUCCCAGUUGCACCCUUCGAAUCCAGUUGUAAUUGACAAUAGCGCAUGUUUCCGGUUGGUAUUAAAUAUUAAUGCGUUGAAACCGCUUAUAACUGUGUUCACAACUUCAUACAUUAUCCAUUUCUUUAUGGCAUGGCCAAUUAUUUCGAGCUCACCAUAGAAUGCACAAUUGAGCUACAUGCUUGGAGAUUA